AUGUCUUAUCAAUACAGUCAAAACCUCGUUCAAAGCACCAACGUCCCACCUGGUAGCAUUCAAUACUCCUAAAACAAUAUCCAAACUGCUGGACGUACCUUGAUUGACUCUAGCUCCCCGGAACAUCCCAUUCAAUUGGCAUCCAGCAACUAAGUCGUCAGCUAGAUCCUCACCACCACUUAAGGUUCUCCCACCAGACAAUCCAAGACCUUCGUCUACAGAUCUGAAUCUCCUAUUAGAUCUUCUCAAUACGGUAAGCACGUAGUCAAUGUUUCUCACAUUGAAAAGGGUCAAGCUCCCAUUUACGUCUCCCAAUCUACUGUCUAAAACCCUAUCUACGUUGAAAAGAUUGUUAAGGUCGAAAGCAGUAACACUUCUGAACUCAACCUUCUCAGAUAACGUAUUUCAGCUUUGGAACUCUAAAACAAGACCUUGACUGAAGAACUCAUCACCUUAAGAAACAACACUCCUCAAGAAGUUGAAUAGAUUGUUUACAUUGAAAACAACGAAGAAAUCAACAAAUUGAGAUAUGAAUUGAACAACAUCAAGGCUCUCUCUGACGCUGAAAAUGAAAACGUCAAGAGAUCAAAGAAGAACUUGGAAGACUAAUUCAACUCAGUCUUACAAGAAAGAGACAGAAUGAUCAUCUAACUUAAGGAAUUAACUGUUAAGAUCACUGAAUUCUAAUCCUUGAUUGCCUCUAGAGAUAUCCAAAUCAACAACUUAAAGAUCUAAAACGAAAACCUUGCCACCAGACUCGUCCUCACUACUGCUGAAUUAGAAAAGAUCACUCAAGUUAAGGUUGAAGCUGAACCUUUGAGAAGAAAGGUUACUGAACUCGAAUAAUACUUGAUUCAAUAAGAAAAGAUUAUCGAGGACUUGAGAAAUAGACUUGGCCAACAAGAUCAAGUUAUUUCUCAAUUAAGAAUGUUCGAAAUCAGAUGUUCCUAAUACGAAUAAGAAAUCAAUGCUUUGAGAGCCAAGUUACAAGAAUCUGAAAACAACUCUCUCCUCCUUAUCAAGAAGAUUGAAGAAUUACAAAACUUACUCAAUGAUGAAAACGUCAAGAGAUCUAAGAAGGAUGGUGAACUCGCCAUUUCUCUCAGAGACAAGCAAGCUCUUGAAGAAAAGCUUGUUCACUUGACUCAACAAGUCGAAUUCUUAACAAGAAAGGUUGCUGCUCAAGAACAAGAUAUCAAUGCCCAAAGAACUAGAAUCAUUGAGUUAGAAGGUAUUGCUGCUAAGGUAGGAUCUUACGAACAACAAAUCUAAUACCUCAGCCAACAAAUCGAAAGAUUGAACUAGGUUAUUAGAGAAAAGGACCAAACCAUCACUCAACUUAACAUUGAACUCAACCAACUCAGAUUAUCUAACUCUCAAAUCGCUUAACUCUAAGAAUAAGUCGUUACCUUAUAACAAAACCUUGUUACUAGAACUGCUGAAGUUGAAUCUCUUAGAAAGAGAGUCUCUGAAUAAGAACUCCUCAUUAACUAACUCAGAAUGUUUGAAUAAAGAGUUGGUGAAUAUGAACAAAUCAUUAAUGCUCUCAGAUAGAGAAUUGCUGAACUUGAAGCUCAACUCAACGACGAAAACGUCAAGAGAAGCAAGAAGGACGGUGAACUCGCCAUCUCCCUCAGAGACAAGCAAGCUCUUGAAGAAAAGCUCGUCCACAUGACCCAACAAAUUGAAUUCUUAUCUCAAAAGGUUAACUAAUUAACUGGUCAAGUUGCUGAAAGAGACUAAAUCAUCAGCUAACUCAGAGUUUACGAAAUCAGAGUUAAGGAAUACGAAAAUGUCAUCAACGCUCUUAGAUAGAGAGUUGCUGAACUUGAAGCUCAACUCAACGACGAAAACGUCAAGAGAAGCAAGAAGGACGGUGAACUCGCCAUCUCCCUCAGAGACAAGCAAGCUCUUGAAGAAAAGCUCGUUCACAUGACCCAACAAAUUGAAUUCUUAAGCCAAAAGGUUGCUCAAUACGAAAAGAUUCUUGGUGAACAAUAAUAAUAACUCGCUGAAAGAGAUAACAUUAUUAACUAACUCAGAGUCUUCGAAAUUAGAGUUAAGGAAUACGAAAACGUCAUCAACGCUCUUAGAUAGAGAGUUGCUGAACUUGAAGCUCAACUCAACGACGAAAACGUCAAGAGAAGCAAGAAGGACGGUGAACUCGCCAUCUCCCUCAGAGACAAGCAAGCUCUUGAAGAAAAGCUCGUUCACAUGACCUAGUAGAUCGAAUUCUUAAGCCAAAAGGUUGCCCAAUACGAAAAGAUCCUUGGUGAAUAAUAAUAAUAACUCGCUGAAAGAGACAACAUCAUUAACUAACUCAGAGUUUAUGAAAUCAGAGUUAAGGAAUACGAAAAUGUCAUCAACGCUCUUAGAUAGAGAGUUUCUGAACUUGAAGCUCAACUCAACGACGAAAACGUCAAGAGAAGCAAGAAGGACGGUGAACUCGCCAUCUCCCUCAGAGACAAGCAAGCCCUCGAAGAAAAGCUCGUCCACAUGACCCAACAAAUUGAAUUCUUAUCUCAAAAGGUUAACUAAUUAACUGGUCAAGUUGCUGAAAGAGACAACAUCAUUAACUAACUCAGAGUUUAUGAAAUCAGAGUUAAGGAAUACGAAAAUGUUAUCAACGCUCUUAGAUAGAGAGUUGCUGAACUUGAAGCUCAACUCAACGACGAAAACGUCAAGAGAAGCAAGAAGGACGGUGAACUCGCCAUCUCCCUCAGAGACAAGCAAGCCCUCGAAGAAAAGCUCGUCCACAUGACCUAAUAGAUUGAAUUCUUGAACAUGAAGGUCACUUCUUACGAAAAGUAAAUCUAAGAAAAGGAUGGUCAAAUUAACUAACUCAGAAUCGAAAUCUCUCAACUCCAAAUCAACCUUCAAUAAUUGUAGAACGCUUCUGAAGAAGUCAGAAGACUCACUGAACUCCUCGUCGUUAAGACCACUGAAAUCGACUAACUCAGAAAGAGAUUAGCCGAAUUAGAAAUCGCCCUCUAGGAAUUCAACCUCGUCCAAGCUAAGCUCCAAGAAUGUGAAAAGAAUAACUAAUUACUCAGAUAGAGAAUUGCUGAAUUAGAAGCUCUCCUCAAUGAUGAAGCUGUUAAGAGAUCUAGAAACCAAGGAGAUUUGGAAAUUUCUUUGAGAGACAAGUAAGCCUUAGAAGAAAAGCUCGUCCACAUGACUCAACAAAUCGAAUUCUUAAGCAGAAAGGUUACCUAACUCACCGAAGAAAACUCCAACCUCAGAGUUAUCGUUUCUUCUUACUAACAAAUCAUCGAUGAAUGGUAAUCCAUCAGUGUCAGACACGCCAGCUUCUCCUAAUUAUUAGAAAACCUCAAGGUUAGAGUCCAACAAAUCUCUUUCUCUUCCUCUUCAUCUUCCUAAGUUAUUUCCCAAUCUUCUUACGUCAGAAGCUCUGGUGUUGCUCACAAGUGA